ACUUAUUACUUGUUGUGUUAUGGAAUCAUAGAUAUGAUGGCACUCGUAACUCAGAGUGUGAUUGUGAUGCUGCUAUGCACUCUCAGUCAGUGCAGUGCAGCUGAAACAGUCAGCUUUAGCAGUGGCAGUGAAUCUCAGACAGUAAUGGAGGGAGACAGUUUGUCAGUCUGUGUGAUGGCGACACUGGACCCUGGAGAUAGUGUAGAGGUGGGACUAUCAGUCACUCCAGCAGGAGGACUUGAUGUUCCUGCAAACACAUUGCAUCUGACUAACACCACUACUACCCCGGAUAACUGCUGGAUGGUUACUGCCAUGGAGGAUGAUAUUUAUGAAGUGGAUAGUCAGACAUUUACACUGGAGCUUGUUCUUACGAACCCAACAUCGUCAGAUAUUAUGCUGACAGAUCCAACUCCUGCAACUACUAUCACAGUAAUGGAUGAUGAAGAGGUGAUGGUAGAGUUCACAAUCUUUGCGGGAACAAAAUUAGAAGCUGUCAUUGCAGUAACAGAAGGGCAACCUACUGUUGAGGUGUGUGUUGAAGUUAGUGGUGCAACUAUUAGUGAGAGAGAGGUGAUGGUACACGUUGCUACUAGCGAACUGCAGGACGAUCCAAAAGCAGCAACCUCGAACAGGGAUUAUGCACAUUUUACAAUGGAUGCAACAUUUAAUUCUACUGUAUCACGAGUUUGUGGGAUUAGUGUUCAAACAAAUGUGGACUUAAUUUAUGAGAGCUUCGAGGUGUUUAGUGUGAGCCUAUCAGUCGUUGAUGCCAGUGCUAAUCCGAGGAUCACACUUGGGGCAAAUAAAAUCAUUCGUAUUAAAGAAGUGCAAAGAGCUCUAGUAUCGCUAGUGAACCAAACUAUAGUGCAGAAUGAAGGAGAUGGUGAUGUGUCAGUGUGUGCUAGACUAGACUCUCCAGAGGGAGGGGCAGAGAAAGAGAUAUUUAUAACACUUAAUAAUACUGAUAUCUUGCUUUCUGUUGACUUCACCUUCCCCUCCAACUCUCGUGUGGGGGCUUCCUGGUGCCUAACUAUCCCAGUUACCAAUAAUAACGUGUACGGAGCAAAUGCUGUGUUGACUGUUACUCUUGGUAAAAUAGUUGAAGGUCAAGCAAGAUUGGAUCUGGGAAACACGAUGACAACAGUGACUGUCAACGAUGAUGAUGAUGUCACUAUUGAAAUGAAGAAUGAAACUCUAAACCAAAAUGAAGGAGAUGGUGAUGCCAUUGUCUGUGCUGUACUCACUAGACCAACUGGUGGUUUAGGACAGUCAGUCACUGUCCAGUUCACUGCUCCAGCAAACCUAUCUCUUAAUGGACAACUGACACAUGAUAUAACCUUCCCAAGUGGAGCUGCACUUCUCUCUGAACAAUGCAUUACUUACACUGACCCUGUGAGCAAUGAUGAACUGUUUGAUACUACAAGUCCACUGGCAUUAUUCGUUGUGACAUUGAGUGAUAACCAGGAUCGUAUUACUGCCACUGGUACCACCACAAUCAACGUGUACGAUGAUGAUGAUCCGGUGUUGGCUCUAUCACAAUUGUCUUACACCUUUGCGGAAGUUACGGAGGAGACUGGAGAGAUCUGUGUUGUGUUGGAGGGUCCAUCUGGAGGACUGGCAACUGGAACACUUGAAGUGCUGUUCAAUAUUGACACAGGGAAUAUCAAUAGAUCAGCAACUCCACAAGUUGAUUUCACUACUAGUUCUCUAGUGCAAACGAGGCAGUUUUCAACUAUUGGAGAGUCCAGAUGUAUCUCAGUGACAAUAGUUGAUGACGUCACCGCUGAUCCUGGUGAAUCGUUUCGGGUCACAGUAACUUCCCCCAACAAUCGAGUUACGUUUAGAGGUGGAGCGGUUGCUAUAGUAAUAAUCGACAAUGAUGAUGUGCUGCCUGGUCCAACUAACCUCAGAAACUCUACAACAGAAUCUACAAGAGUGUGGUUGAUGUGGGACCAUCCAGAAUUAGAUCCUACCUCUGUAGCACUAAUUAAGUACAGUGUAGUGACAUCGACCGAUGGUUUCCCAUCAAUGUCGCUUACUACAAAUUCCCCCUUCCUUUUAAUCACUGACCUUGUCCCGUAUAAACAAUACCACUUCUCUGUCAGUGCUAUUUAUGAGGAGGGCAACAUUGGUGAAGCAGUUUCAAUUGAUGUAAGAACAAGACAAGACGCUCCUGGGAUUGUAACUGCUCCAACAGCCAGUUUCACGGCAACCACCCUCACCCUCUCCUGGGGUCCACCAGCUGAACCUAAUGGAGUCAUCAUCACCUACACACUGUAUGUGGACUACCUCAAUGGAACCAUCACGAACAUCCUCACUACAUUCGAACAGUUCAUCGUAUCUCCCCUGAGGCCCUAUCAAACUAUAUCAGUGCAAGUAUCAGCCAGUACUUCAGUUGGUGAGGGACGAAAAACAUCCAGUAUGGAGUUCACUACAGCCGAGGCCAAGUCUGGCCCAGUUGGUAGUCUGAGAGUCUUAAGAGUGAAUGAAACCACCUUCACUGUCAACUGGAUUCCGCCUGCCGAGGUCAAUGGAGUGUUACUAGCAUACACUAUCAGGACCAACGAGGAAGAAAGCAGAUCAGCAGUUACAGAGUACAACACUUCAGAUACCUCGUUCUCUAUCCAUGAAUUAGUCCCCUAUACUCCCUAUGUGGUAUCAGUGGCUGCCAUCAAUGGCGCUGGUGCUGGAGAGCCUGUCAGUGUUGUAGAAUUCACUGCUGAAGGAAUUCCCCUCUUCCAUCCUCGAGAUAUUGGUUCCACUCGACUGAAUGGAACAGCUGUGUGGGUAUCAUGGAGACCACUCAGUCGCUCAGAGGCUAGAGGCUUCAUCACUAACUACACCAUCACCUACUGGAGAGUUGGCUCUAAUGCUGCGAAUACUAGUACCAUUACUGUAUCUGGGGAAGACGCCAGCUCUGCUAUAAUUAUUAAUCUGGACCCAAACUCUGAUUACUACUUUACAGUGUCAGCUGGUACAGUACAGGGAGUGGGCAAUGUCAGUGUUGCCAUGGUUAUACUCGCACAGUCGUCAGGGACAAUGGUUGAAGUGAUUUCUGGGGUUGUUGCAGGACUGAUCGUUGCCGUGGUUCUACUGAUAAUCAUAGUCUGCAUUGUUUGCAUAGUUAGGAGAAGAAAACAACAUGAUAACUUUGCUCCUAAACAAAAGCUAAUGAAACCUGCUCCUCCACCAAAACCAAUUCGUAGUCCUGACACUUACCCACUUUAUGAGAAGAAGGUAGAAUCUCAAGAAGACCUGCACGAAGUAGAAGUGGAAGAAGUGGACACGGCCUUCGAUACUAGUGACGACAUUGCAGUGAUUGAUUUUGCCAGUCAUGUUCGAGAGCUGCACAAAGAUGAUGACACUGACUUCGAGAGUGAGUAUCGCUCUAUCAAGGAUGGCAAUCACCCGUGGAAUGUGGCACAGCUGCCCCAGAACAAGUUCAAGAAGAACAGGUUCACAAACAUCUUCCCCUAUGACCACUGUAGAGUCAAGCUGCAGUCAACAGAUACACCUGGCUCUGACUACAUCAAUGCCAGCUGGAUAAAGGGCUAUAAGAGAGACAAUGCUUACGUUGCUGCACAAGGUCCUAUGGCUUCAACUGUGGAGGAUUUCUGGCGCAUGAUUUGGGAGAAUAAACUCCCUACGAUUGUCAUGGUGACAAAACUGGUUGAGAGCUCUAGAGAGAAGUGUGCCCGAUAUUGGCCCAGUGCUACCGGGGAGGAAAUGGAAGUUGGUCCGAAUAUUGUUGUCCUUCUAAAGGAGAUCAAAUUGUUCACUGACUACGAGAUCAGGAUCAUGUCAAUAACAAAUGCAUCAGAGCCUGGGUCCAGUCCGUUCCUAGUUACCCACUUCUACUACCUAGGUUGGCCCGACCACGGUGUUCCACAAUAUGCCACCUCUCUCCUCGGUUACCUGAGGCGGGUCCGCAAGAGCCAUCCCGUAUCCGGGGGCCCCCUCCUGGUCCACUGCAGCGCAGGGGUCGGGCGCACAGGUACGUUCAUCGUACUAGAUGCCAUGCUCCAGCGUAUCCAGGAGGAGAGGGUAGUGAACGUGUACCAGUUUGUGCGGGAACUGCGGGAGAGACGAUGUCUUAUGGUGCAGACUAUGUCACAGUACGUGUUCAUCCACGAUGCUCUGGACGAGCUGAUAACAUGUGGAGAUACUGAGAUAGCUGCUCACAACCUCAACAUUGCCAUCAACCAGCUAGGCAGAAAAGCCCCAGGGAAAUCACUGUCUGGAUAUGAGGAGCAGUUUCAGCUUCUGGAACAAGUCAGCAGGAAACCAUCACAACAAGACAGAGACAUCAUUGCCAGCCAAGAAGUGGAGAGCAAGAACCGUUACCAUGACAAAUUCCCAUAUGAUGCACAUCGACCCAAGCUCAUGGGAAGCUCCAAACAAGACCAGUACAUCAAUGCCAGCUUCAUAGAUGGCUACAAACACAGGAGGUGCUUCGUGGUCACACAGGCUCCCCUGGACAACACUGUACUGGACUUUUGGAAGAUGGCCAAGAAUCUUGAGAGCAGGACAAUCGUGUUGCUAUGUGACCUGACUGAAAAUGGAAAGGAUAUGUGUACGCAGUACUGGCCGGAUAAGGUUGACGGAGAGGUCACUUAUGGCAAGAUGACUCUCAAACUGCUCUCGGAAAAAUGCGAGAAAGAAAUUAUUGUGAGAAAACUGGAGAUAUCUCAAACUCUGAAAGUGGCUGGCAGUGACUGUUACGUGCUGACUAUGUUUCAUUGCAAGACGUGGAAUGAGAAUGGGACUCCGCCGGCACCGGAAUUGGUUAUACACCUGAAUGAGCUGGUGGUCAACAGUCAGAAAUCGACAGGCAACAAACCCAUCAUUGUCAUGUGCAAUGAUGGGUGUGGUCGGUCUGGCACCUUCCUGAGUGUGUACUCGGCCAUCGAUAGGUUCAAAGUUGAAGCGGUGGUGGAUGUGUUUCAGUGUGUGAAGUCAGCACGCAUUCAGAGGAUGGCACUGGUGGCCAAUAUGGAGCAGUACAUACUCGUGCACGAGGUUCUCAAGAAUUACAUGAACUCAUUUGAUCAAUACGCCAACUUUGCAGUAUUGUAAAUAUCAGAGACUGUACAGUAGUUAUGCCUCGCAAGUGAGGUAUACGGUAGUGACUGUGUGUGUGUGUGUGUGUGUGUGUGUGUGUGUAGACUACGUACUGCUACUGAUAGAAUGUAAAUCGCUCCGAAUUCUUUGCAAGACUUGACCAUCUCAACAGAAAGUACAAAA